AUGGGUCGUCGUCUAACACGAGUCUGUGUAGUUGGCAGCAACGCUAUCUCAGCUUUUCUUUCCUGGAGGCUCCAGGCGUCCACCUCCUGCGACGUAACGCUAGUCUGGAAAUCGGGGUUUGAGGCGGUUUCGCAAUACGGGGUUUCUUUCAAGUCGAAAGCAUUUGGCAAUGAGAGAUUCAAACCUCGUCACGUGGUACGUUCACCGGAAGAGGCGGCAUCACGAGAGAAUGCAUAUGAUUAUGUUAUUCUUUGCGUGAAGGCCUUGCCCGAUGUCUACGACCUGGCAGCAGUCAUUGAAUCCGUGGUUACCCCUCAACAUACCUGCAUUCUGCUCAAUACCACCAACACCCUUGGUGUCGAAUCACACCUUGAACAACGAUUCCCCACGAAUGUAGUCCUCUCGCUCGUUUCUGGUGUAGAGAUCUCACAGAUUGGGCCCAGCGAGUUUGAGCAUUUGAACUCGUCGAAUAUCUGGGUCGGGGCUACCAACAACAAUUCAACCCUUCCAUCGGGUAUGCAAACCGACAUGGCGGCCGCCUUGGCGAUGACCUUGAGCUCCGGUCAAGUGGAAUGCAAAGUGUCGAACAACAUCAGACAAGAGCAAUUCGAGCGUAUCAUAGGGCCUAUUGCAUUUUACCCAACAAGCGUCAUGUUUGACAACGGAAACGUAACAGAACUCCUGCAGAAGGUCGGAGUACGGCAAUUGGUUACCGAUGUGAUUGACGAGCUCAUUGGUCUGGCCAAAGCGCAUGGCUGCUCUUUCCCAAGCGACUUUCCUCAGAAGACAAUGGAUGCGAUGGCCGCGUCUCAGUCUCCCAACACUAUGUAUCAGGAUUUCCAGGCUCGCCGUCCUAUGGAGAUCGAGACGUACCUCGGAUCCCCAAUCAAGCUGGCAACAGAACUCAAUAUCCGCCUGCCCCGCAUCGAAACCAUCUACGCUAUUUUGCACCACGUUAAUACCACUAAUCUAAGCAAACCUCGCGAAUCGCCCACCCCGUCUGUCCAAGCUCCGCCACCCCAACCCACCCGGAUGUCCUCAGCUCCCCCACCGAGGAAUGGUCCUCCCAUGCGCCCGCCUCCUGGAAGGUCAAGCUCUGCAAUGAUGAUGCCCCCUCCUAGACGUGGACCGCCCAUGCCCGGAAUGUCACGACCCCCAAGCACACAACCUCCGCCUCCUUCUGCCAGAAUGCCUCCUCGUGAGCCGUCUCUGGAGGGACUGGAGGAAUUCAGCCACCUAGUUGUCUAUGAUGACGCUGGUGAAGCUGGGCCUCCUCCCAGGAACCCUAACGGUUAUCCCGACGUCCCUCCUGGUCCUGCCCACUCGCAGUCGACUGCUGACUUGUCCUUGAGAGAGCGAGAGUUGGCUUUGCGGCAGCGCGAGUUGCAGCUUCGAGAACAAGAAAUGAGCAUGAGGCGGGGACCGCCCCGCAGGAAUGCCCCCUCUAGGGCCACUUUCGAUGAGGAAGACGAGGAUGAUUAUUUCGAUCCCAUGGAUACCAGCCUGGUCCCAAACAUCGACCCGGACAAUGUGGAUAUGCUGAGCAUCACGUCGCGAAGAGCCAAGAAAUUUCCGAGUGCCAGCCAAAUACGCAAGAACCCUGAGCUUCUGUCCAAUGGCGGUGGCGGCGGCCGGUCGGGUACAUUCAGCCGCUACUUUGGGGGAGGAAGAAAACGUGCCAGUGAUCGCAUCAUGCAGGAAAUUCCUGGACUCCAUGAUUCCCUCUUGGAUAACCCCAUGAUGGCUUACUCGUCAAACCGAUACGGCGCUGUUGAUAGAAACCAGAUGGCUGCAGGUUCACGUACCAACUCCAUGACCACGAGUCGCAUGGGCGACUAUCCCCCGCACCCCUACCCACACAGUAGGAGAAACAGUCAUUCGCCGGCGACUCCUUACGGUGGCCCGCCUGGUCCUCGCAUGGGCCGUCCGGCCACUGCUCAGGAUCAACACUUUGGCCCUCCUCAUGGGCCCCCGAACGGCAGUCAUCCGUCUCCUCCGGGACACAUGCGGGCACCUGUUCCCAGGUAUCCCCCAGGCCAUGGUAAUGCGGUAGGCCCGCAACAAGUUGAGCAACAAAUUGGGGUGAGCAAUUCGUAUCCCACCAAGGGCACCCCAAAGGAUAGAAGUCUGACUGGAAGUGCGAGCGCCAGCGCGGGGAGUGGUGAUAGCGGCGCCAGUGCGAACCUCGAUUCCGAGAAUUCAGCCCACAGCAGCCAGAUCAGCCUCGGCGCGCAGCAAGCUGCGGCGCCUGUCCGUUGA